CGAACUGAACAAAUUGUCUGUUCAGGGGCACCCAACGAGAAUAUAGUUCAAAACCACUUAAACAAAGCAUUGUUAAACGUAUUUUAGUAUUUAAAAGGUAGAUAAAGGCAUAUUUUUAUCCCCUAAAAAUUUUUCAUCUGUUCGGAUUUCCUAGCUGAAAGUCUAGUGAUCCGAAAAUUAUAGGGAUCAAAACUCGCCUUUUCGAAAAUUUCAGCCAGAAAAAAGGCUCCCGAAAAUUCUAGGUGACCUUUUUAGGGUAAAAAUCCGUUAAAAAUAGGCAAUUAUACCAUUUCUUAGAUGUUCGAAAAUCCUAGGAGAGGCAGGCAAGCAAGAAAUUUUACAACAAAUGUUCCGAAAAUUCUAGAUCUCAAAUCGUCCUCCGAACAGAUAUUUUUCCGAAAAUUGUCGUUGGGUGCCCCUGUCUGUUGUACAUUUUAAAGGUUCUGCUCAACUUACACAAUUUUCCCUUGCUGAACAUAAACUGUACAGAGCCGAAUCUUGGUCCGCUAUAUAUAAGCUAUAUCAUGGUUCAAAUUUUAAACUGUAAGAUCCCUGAAAGAGUUCUCCUCAAUGGAGCAAUAUGUAAAAGGUUUUCAAAGGUUUCAAAGGUUGCAAGUUUUUACCAUCUAUUUCAAUUUAUUACAAAGUGCGACAAGUGUUAUUACAAGGUGCGACAGCUUUUUUUAUUACACAGUGCGAUGGUCUGUUAUUACAAAGUGCGACAGCUUUUUUAUUACAAAGUGCGACAAGUGUUAUUACAAAGUGCGACAGGUAUUACAAAGUGUGACAAUUUUAUUACAAAGUGCGACAGGUAUUACAAAGUGCGACGAUUAUUACAAAGUGCGACAGUACAGACAUGCAACACAAAGUAAAAUGUAGACUUUUAUUGAAUUAAUAGAAAACAAAAUGAAGAAAUACUAAAAUGAAACACAAUGUUUAAUGCCAGUUUCUCUUUUCGGACGACAUCUGCUAUUUGUAGAAUAUCUUCAGAGCUUGACGAGAAAUGUGCAAUUAAAGACGGGAACUUAACUUUUAUUGAGGUAAGCUUUAGUCUAUUUUCUAAAACUAGGAAUUAUUUUUAAUAAAUAAUAAAACAGUUAUUGGAUUUGGGGAGGUCUUUUAACCGCUGAAAUUAAGGAAGGAAGGAAGGAUGAAAGGAGAUAGUCGUGAAUGACAAGACAACAGAUGUGCCCUCUACAGCAAAGUGGUGCCGAAAUGAACAAGAAUAUUGCACUCACGUUGGUCAUGAUUCAUAGUAAGAAUAUCACUGAAAUACUAAGAAAUAAUGUACAAGAAAAAAUCACCCCUCACCUCCAUAUCAUUCUUGUUAUUAAGUUGUAUAGUUUUCAUACCUCAAAUUUCCUAGCUCUUUUGAUCAGUUGUAUUUCUCUCCUAACUUUUGGUGACUUUUGCCUUCUUUUGUUCGCUUCUUAAAUUGUCUGAGUUUGUUGCCUGUGAAAAUACAAACACGCCCAGCAAUUAAAACUCAAAGGUGAGGUUUAACGCAGGAUAUGUUUCGAUAUACUGUUUACAGGGGGAUCCCCAAACAAGAUUAAUUUCAAAUUCAAACGCAAAAAAGACAGUUUAUUGUCACCUGAUGUGCCAGUUUAUCGUGUACUGAUAAAACGUUUGACCAAAAACAGCAGGCAUGUGCAUUAUCUCCUUUCUAUCACUGACGUUUAUAGCCGGCCAUUUUAAAACGUCAUCGAUCUAUUUGUAAUUAAUGCUCCAUUUUCCCGGUCUUGUCCUAAUUAGCAUAAAUUGAAAUAUUUCCCAAUCUGGUCGCAAAGAGACGAAAUGCUUUUUGCUUUAAUAAAAAGAUAGUUUAUUAACCCUAUGCGUGUCAUGUAAGUACGAACUGAUACAGAAAUGAAUUUACUUUUCUUUCUUUCAUUUUUUUCCCUUCUGUGGUAACGGCAAGUUUCUGUUAUUACUUACAGUUCUACGAAACUUAAUCCUAAGCAAGUUCCGCCUUUGGAGCUCAGCCGCAUAUCGUCUAUAGGAUAUAAACUAAGGACUGUUUAAAUCCAUCAGACUCAAAUAUAAGGGCAUGUAAGGGCAAAUAGAAAUCUAGACAUUCGAGUUCCAACGAAAGCAGCCACAAACUCUCUCGUUUAUCCAGCAGAAAAAGGAUCAGAAUCUUCGCUUUCGGGAUAAGUUAAACUAUAUAAAGAUAAUCCCUCUCACAGAAACAUUUUAUUGAGAAGAUAUUUCCUCUACUAUUUGCAUUAAUGUUUGACAGCUAUCUUGUGACAGCAAAUAUAUAAGUUAUGAGAAAUAACAAAUAUUAUUCUUCCUUGACUCAAGUCAUAUUCCUGGCCUGGUUUUUAUCGCCCGGUUAGCUCAGUUGGUUUAUUGCCCUUCCGCUAAGCGGAAGUUUUGCAGCAGUUUGAGCCCGCCAGAAUGCCAGCUAAGGCCUUUAAUUGAUAAUUCAUCUCCGUUUUUAAUGCCAGGAAAACGUAAUAUAACCUACGUUAAAAUUGUUCAAAAAGAGCGGGGA